AUGGAAGUUCAAGUGCUUGUCAAUGCCCCGCCGCCACCGCGAUCCUCCGCUUUGCCACGAUCAACUCUUCGGUCGGGUCUAGUCUUUGAUGCUCGCAUGAAGUUACACAUGGAACCAGAAUCAAAUGAUCAUCCCGAGAAGCCCAAGCGAAUCCAAGCCAUCUGGGACACUCUAUACAGGGCUGGCCUGGUGCAGCAAUGGGAAGACAUGGUUGAGGACCCAGACAAGCUCUGGAAUAUUGAAGCUAGACAUGCUGAAAAAGGGGAGGUAACUAUGGUGCAUUCUAAGGAACACUGGAAGUUUGUCAGAAGCUUACCAGGCAGAGAGCUGAAGGAGUUGACAGAAAUGGGUUCGGAGCGUGACUCCAUAUAUUUCAAUGCACAGACCCCUGACUCCGCCACUAUCGCCGCUGGUGGCGCUAUCGAAGCGUGCAAAUUAGUUGCUCUCGAUAAACUCAAGAAUGCAAUUGCGUUGAUUCGGCCUCCAGGUCAUCACGCAGAGCGAGCUGAACCAUCGGGCUUCUGCAUCUUCAACAACGUUGCUAUCGCUGCCAAAGUGUGCCAGGCGCAACUUCCUGAGAUAUGCCGCAAGGUAAUGGUUCUGGACUGGGACGUUCAUCAUGGCAAUGGCAUUCAGCAUGCCUUCUACAACAAUCCAAAUGUCCUUUACAUAUCGUUGCAUGUCUACAAGAACGGCACGUUCUACCCCAAUGGACCGGAUGGUGAUCACCUUCAUUGCGGAGAGGGCCCUGGCGAAGGCAAGAACGUGAAUAUCCCUUGGAUCGACCACGGCAUGGGCGACUAUGAUUACCUCUACGCAUUUGAAGAAAUCGUCAUACCGAUAGCCAGAGAAUUCAAUCCAGACUUAGUUAUAGUGGCUGCUGGGUUUGACGCGGCAGAGGGGGAUGAGCUCGGGGGUUGCCACGUAUCCCCGCCCGGAUACGCGCAUAUGACGCACAAAUUGAUGGAGUUAGCACAGGGCAGACUAGCCGUGUGCCUAGAGGGUGGUUACAACCUCGAUUCAAUCUCGAAAUCUGCUUUGGCAGUGACGAAAACUCUUAUGGGAGAACCGCCAGAUCGCCUUCCUGGACAGGACGCGGAUGCACUUGAUUCAAAAGUAUCCAAGCUGGGCGCCGCCACUGUGGAACUGGUCAAGAAACAGCAAGCAAAAUGGUGGCAUUGCAUGCGUCAAAAGCAACCACCUGGACCAAGACUAACCCCACAGAGUGUCCAAAUGCACGACCUUGUCAAAUCAUGGCGAAACAUGUUGUUUGACAGGGAUUAUGGUAUGCAAACAAUGACCAUUGAUCGGAACGUCCUCCACGAGUGUUUCGAAGACAACGUGCUAGUCUCGGACAACUUCUUUGAGGCAGGCUCAAGGCCUCUCUUAGUCAUUUUCCACGAUCCACCAGACUACGAUGUCGUCAACGACCCAACGAAUGAAAUUCUCCAAAAUGAACUGCACAAUUCUUGGCUGACUGAUGGUACUAAGACAUAUGUCGACUGGGCCUAUAAUCACGACUUCGCUAUUGUCGACAUCAACAUCCCAAAGGUAAUGGAAGAUUGGCCGGUAGAUAGGGGCGACUAUCAACCAGCUCGGCCGCUAGAGGACCGAGUGAUCGCGACACGUGAGAUCGCUAAGUACAUGUGGGAGAACUUUAUCGAGAUAGGAGAUUUUAGUGAUGUCUUCCUGAUGGGAGUGGGAGAUGCGUCGUCGGGGCUGGUCGAGUUCCUUGGUGCCCAAGUCAACGCAGACGAGAGUCCCCUCCGUCACAUCUUCACCUUUCUAGCCGAAAGCCCUCUCCGCUCCAUCAAACGAGCAACAGACGACUACAUCGGCAUAUGGUACUACCAACACUCCCACGUCUACAUCAACCACCAGCACCACGUCUGGCAAUACCAACGCCUCCGCAAACUGCGCAAGAAGUACGGCAAGACGAUCCAAUCCGAGUACGAGACCAUCGGCCAGAUGCUCGAGGAGGCCAAAGACAACGUCAUCCGGAUUCUGCUCGAGGAAACGGAGGACUGGCGCGCAGAGCAUGCAGAGCAGAAGCAGAAGUUGAAGUCAGCGCCGUCAGCGCUGAAGCUGGAGGAGCGGGACAUGCGGGCGAGCAGCGCGCCGAACGCGCUGAGGAGCCCUAGCGGGAUGCCGCCGAUCGGGAUGUUCUCAGUGACGAGCCCGAGCCCGAGGAGUCCGGCGAAGAGGUCGUGA